AUGCCUCACGUGUUCAUUAUUGCCACAUCGAGAAACAUGUAAUGCUAGCAUACAAGCUGGAAUGUCAACGUUCGUUGGUGCUUACCUAUAGAGUCACCUUUUAAGCACUUCUCGGCCAGCCAGCUCAACAGUAUAAAAACGGAGACGGUUGAUCACCGCGACAGAAAACGGGGGAAGAAUUCUACGGACAGAGGAGUCCACUGCAGGUCUUUAUCGGCGGGGCGCGCACGGCCACGGCGGUGUCACAGGCUCGUGCCGCGUGACGUGAGCCCGCGCGGCCGAGAGCGAGAGCCAUGUGAGUGCGACCACCCGAGCAAUCCCCACCACGCGUGCCCAGCCAAGCGCACUAGCGCGCACAGAUCGGAGCGGGGGAGGGAGAGAAAAAUCCCCGGAAGCUCCCGCGGCCCGGAGCUGAUCAGAUCCCUCCCCGGAGAAAUGGCGGCGGUGGCCGCGGCCGCGCCCGAGGCGCAGGCGGAGGAGCCCCCUGCUCCCCGCCCGCCGCGCGCGGGGACGCCGCCCCCGGAGAAGCGCGCCGCGCCGACGGACGCCGAGGAGGGGGAGGAGAGGCCGGAGCCGAAGCGGCGGCGCGCGCGCGUGGCCGCGCUCGAGAAGGUUCCCAGCGCGGCGGCGGCUGCUGCCGCCGCGGCGGCUGCGAGCGAGGAGGAGGAGGACGAGGGAUUCUCGUUCCUGGCGCGGAGCUUCUCCGGGGUGGAGACGACGCCCAAGUUCGGGUCCUUCAACCCCGGCGCCGCCCAGUUCGUGGCCUUCCACCUGACGCCCCUGGCCGACCCGGCGGCUGACUCGCCGCCGCCGGCGGUGGGCGACGACGAGGGGGAGAAGGGCAAGGACGGCAAUUCCCAAUAGCGCGGGCAGCAGGGUAGAUGGACUACCUGGUUAUUAGGCUGGGGGCGAGACCCUGGCCUUGUUCCUGGUUCGUUCGUUGGACAGUGCAUGCACUCCUUCCUCUUCGAUUCCGCUUGCGUUCUGUUCACUGCUCCUUUUCUUCCCCUCCUCCGUUCCACUGCUCUCGUUGUACAUGAGUGAAUCUUGUAGCCUUGUACUCAUACGAUUAGCGAAUAAAGACUAUUUUUUGGUUGA